AACAUGUUACUGGCUGGGAAGGCGGUUGAUUUUAAUGGGUUGGUUGGAUCAAGACUAAUAUUAGAUGAUAUUAGUUAUCAAUUAAUGAAUUUUGUUGUUUAAGUGAUAAAAUGAUACAGUUUUCAAUGUGGUUACUGCUUUAACCGUUAGAUGGAAGUUGGUUGAUUUAACAUAUGAGCUAAACUCAUCGAGCUCCUUGUGUAUUUUGCUCAAACAUAUUCUUGAUUUAAUAGUUGUUAUUGUCUGUUUUGAUAAAUAUUUUUGUCUUAAUGUUAAUACUGUAUUUUUUUUCAACAACCUGUGAGUGUAAAUCAUCAUAGUUGUGUCUCAGUUUCGCCUUCGUCUUCGAUCUCUUCCUUCUUUUUCUUAAAUUAUUUUUUUUUCUGGUGGUGCAAUGGAUGAAAAACAAAAACUGGAACAAGAAAAUCGUCGGCUCCAGAUUGAAAAUGAAUCACUCAAAUUUAGGAUUAAGCAUUUAACCGAGGAGAACAAAAAACUGAAGGAAGCCUAUGUAACCAUCCAAGCUAAAGCUGAACAGGAGGAAGAAUUUAUUAGUAAUACGUUGUUGAAACAAAUUGAAGCUCUUAAAAAGGAGAAAGAGAUCAUUGCUCUCAAAUAUGAGCAAGAAGAAGAAUGUCUAACCAAUGAUUUAAGCCGAAAGCUGAACCAACUGUUGGCUGAGAAGAAGGAAUUUGAAAAGACACAUCAACACGAAAAUGGUGUUCUAAUUGCAAAAUUGAUGGGAAAAAUAGAGAAAUUGGAAAGUGAAACUAACCAGAAACAACAAAGCUUAGAGCAAUUAAGGAGAGAAAAGGUUGAACUUGAGAAUACGUUGGAACAAGAGCAGGAAGCUUUAGUCAAUAAAUUGUGGAAAAGGAUGGAUAAAUUAGAGGAGGAGAAGAAAAAUUUACAAAUGAAAUUGGAAGUAAAAUGAGAAUCUCUUUUUUCACAAUAUCUAUUUUGUAAAACUCUUUCUCUUUUUUUGAUUUUUUUCCUCAACUACCCUUUUCCGAACCCUUUCACACUCUAUCUUUCGCUAUCUUUGCUCUUUCCUCUCUUUCUAUCUUUCGUUCCUCUCACACCACAGACUUAUGAAUUCUUGUACUGAUUCAACACAUGGCUGAUGAAAAUUUCAAUCUAACUUAAUAUCGUGUCGCGCAAUCAGCAGCUAUUUACUCUUCAACAACCAUUACCAACAAAUUUUCUCAGUGUUCAUGUGAAUGUACUGUUAUUUGUCGAUUGAGACAAACAAAAAACAAAAACGCUGUAUUCAUUAUGGAAAAAAGUUUUCUUUUCUCUUUUUUUGCAAAAA